AUGAUCCCCCGCUCUCUCCGUGCUGCGUCCUUGCCUCGCGGGCGUAUUGCCUAUAUCUCCAGAGUAAGGUGGGCGCGCACAUUCGCUACUCCUUCUGACCAUCCUCCACCCUCGGAGAAGAAGUCCGGCGAACAGAAAUCGGAGAGCAAGGAUAAGGGGGAGCCACAGGACAAGGGAAAGGUCGUGGAGGAGGCCUCCAAGGAUGCUGCAGACCAGAAGGAGCCGAUGAAGGGCCUCGAGGGCUUUUUCCAGCGAUACCACCGACAGCAGCAGCAACAACAGCAGCAGGAGCAGAAGGGGGCUGCUGAGAAGGAGCCGGACUCAGGGCGCCGCGAGCAGGACUCCAAACAGAAACCUCCACCCCCACCGUCAGACGGAGGCAACGGAUUCAAUGCUAACCAGCUCGCGUUGCUCGCUACCACUGCCGCGAUCUUUUACGCCCUGUCAAAUUCAUCGACUGCGUCGUCACGCGAGAUCACCUGGCAGGAGUUCCGCACUGCAUUCCUCGACAAGGGCCUCGUCGACAAGCUCGUUGUCGUCAAUAGGACGAAGGUCCGAGUGAAGCUGCACUCCAACGCCACUGGUACUAUGUACCCGUCCGCACCUCUUGGCGGCGGAGACUACUAUUUCUCUAUAGGUUCCGUCGAGGCGUUCGAGCGUAAGCUCGAUGAGGCACAGAAGGAGUUGGGCAUUCCGUCCCAUGAGCGCAUUCCCGUCGCAUACCACGAGGAGGUCUCAGCGUUCAGUUAUCUCCUCAACUUCGGUCCCACUCUCCUUUUCGCAGGUCUUUUGUUUUAUCUUUCCCGCAGGGCGGGUGCGGGUGGUGGCGGCGGCGGCGGAGUCUUCAAUUUCGGCAAGAGUCGCGCCAAGCUUUUCAACAAGGACACGGAGAUCAAGGUCAAGUUCAAGGACGUCGCUGGGAUGGACGAGGCGAAGCAGGAGAUCAUGGAGUUCGUCUCUUUCCUCAAGGAACCUGCUAAGUACGAGAAACUCGGUGCGAAGAUUCCCCGCGGUGCAAUCUUGUCGGGCCCCCCGGGUACCGGUAAGACAUUACUCGCAAAGGCCACCGCCGGCGAGGCGAAUGUGCCCUUCUUCUCCGUGUCCGGCUCCGAGUUCAUUGAGAUGUUCGUCGGGGUAGGAUCUUCUCGCGUCCGUGAUCUCUUUGCGUCUGCGAAGAAGAACGCACCGUCGAUCAUCUUCAUCGACGAAAUCGAUGCUAUUGGCAAGUCUCGGGGUGGCAGGCGUGGUUUCGGUGGUAACGAUGAGCGAGAGAAUACCCUUAACCAGCUGUUGGUCGAGAUGGAUGGUUUCGGCACUCAGGAGCAUGUUGUCGUGCUCGCCGGCACCAACAGACCGGACGUCCUUGAUCCCGCCUUGAUGCGCCCCGGUCGUUUCGAUCGGAAUAUCACCAUCGACCGUCCGGAUGUCUCGGGGCGCAAAGCCAUAUUUUUGGUCCACCUUCGCCCCCUCAAGCUCUCAAAGGAGUUGCCGGAAACGGAGGCGUUUGCGCACAAGCUCGCGGUACUCACACCUGGGUUCUCGGGUGCGGACAUCGCGAACGUAUGUAAUGAGGCGGCGCUGCACGCGGCGCGGCAUGCGCAUGAGAGCAUUACGGAGUUUGACUUCGAGAGCGCGAUCGAGCGGGUUAUUGUGGGUCUAGAGAGGAAGAGUCGGAUACUGAGUCCGGAGGAGAAGAAGACCGUUGCGUACCAUGAAGCGGGACACGCAGUCUGCGGGUGGUUCCUAGAGCAUGCAGACCCUCUCCUGAAGGUCAGCAUCAUUCCCCGCGGUGUUGGAGCCCUCGGAUAUGCACAAUAUCUGCCUGCCGAUCGCUACCUCCUGUCUACACCGCAAAUGAGGGACCGCAUUUGCAUGACACUCGGUGGACGGGUCUCGGAAGAAAUCUUCUUCGGACCGGAGAACAUCACCACCGGUGCACAGGACGACCUACAGAAGAUUACGCGGAUAGCCUUCGAGGCCGUCGCCAACUACGGCAUGAACGACGUUGUCGGCCCAGUCAGCUAUGGAGGUGCCAAGGAGUCCGGCGAGAGCUGGCAGAAGCCUUUCAGCGAGAAGACGGGCGAAAUGCUCGAUCUGGAAGUGAGGAAGAUGAUCACAGCGGCGCAUCAACGGACAACGGAACUCUUGACAAAGCACAGGGAGAACGUCGAGAAGGUUGCUAAGCUGCUACUGGAGAAAGAGGUCAUCACUCGUGAGGACAUGAUCACGCUCCUCGGCCCACGGCCGUUCGCGAACCGGAAGGAUGAGAUGGACAAGUGGCUGGACGAGAAUCGCAACGAGCGGAGCGCUCCGCCACCGCUCGAGUCUGCCAACGAAGAGUCACCAGCACCAGCACCAGCUGCGGUGAGGCACGAUGACCCGAACUUCCAAUAA